ACCUGCUCCUCUCUCUCUCUCUCCUCUCUUUCUCUCUCUUCCCCUUUCUCACAUUCACCACAAAUUUCACUCGAUCGGCCAACUCAUUUUCAGGAAUUUUUUCUUUCUUUCCUUCUUUCUUCAUUCAGCGGAAAAACGAAGACCCUUUUGGACUCGUACUGCAAAAAAUUGUCGAAAAGGCGGAGCUUUUUAAAAAAAAAAUUAUUUUUUGUUGUUGUGGGAAUAAUUUGCCCUAAAAGUUAGGAUCUUGGAUAUUCCCCCUUUUUAAAUGGCGGGAAAUCUAGAGAGAUGGAAGGCUUUCGGGCCAUUUUUCACAGUUGUGUGGAGCUUUCUGCUGGCAUCGAUCUUCGUAUCUGCAGAGAGAAGCUUGAAGAAGGAAUAUUCGUCGCGGAUCGCGAUCGAAACUCGCGAUUCAGAUUCCGAUAUCUUAACAUCUGUUGUCAAUUUCCUCUGGCAGGGAAAUAACUCGGGUUACCACCACGUUUGGCCGGAUCUGAAAUUCAACUGGAAAAUAGUUGUCGGUAGCAUAAUUGGAUUCCUCGGAGCAGCCUUUGGGAGUGUAGGUGGUGUCGGCGGUGGCGGCAUAUUCGUGCCUAUGCUCACUCUUAUUAUUGGAUUCGAUCCAAAGUCAGCAACUGCAAUCUCUAAAUGUAUGAUUAUGGGGGGUGCAGUGUCGACAGUUUACUACAAUCUUAAACUCAGACAUCCCACAAUUGACAUGCCUAUUAUCGAUUACGACUUGGCUGUUCUUAUCCAACCAAUGCUUAUGCUAGGAAUUAGUAUCGGUGUUGCUUUCAAUGUGGUGUUUGCAGAUUGGAUGGUCACCGUUCUUCUAAUCAUUCUCUUUUUAGGUACAUCAACUAAGGCAUUCUUUAAAGGGCUCGAAACUUGGAAGAAAGAAACUAUCAUGAAAAAGGAAGCUGCGAAGCGAUACGAAGCAAAUGGUGACGGUAAAGAAGAAGCAUACAAGCUUCUCCCCGGUGGGCCCAGUAACAAUGCAGGAAAAGAGUUUAAAGACUUUGAAGAACCAACUGUCGGAAUUAUCGAGAAUGUUUGUUGGAAGGAGUGCGGGCUUCUCUUUUUCGUGUGGUUCUCAUUUCUCGCACUGCAGAUCCUGAAGAUGUAUACAACUACUUGUUCGGUUACCUACUGGACAGUUAACUUGCUUCAGAUUCCAGUAUCAAUGGGAGUAUCUGGUUACGAAGCACUUAGUCUAUACAAGGGAUGGAGAAAACUUGGAUCAAAGGGAGACGAAGGUACAAACUUUAAAGUACACCAGCUCCUCGUUUACGGCUUCUUCGGAAUUCUUGCCGGUUUGGUAGGCGGCCUUCUUGGUCUUGGUGGUGGUUUUAUCAUGGGCCCACUCUUUCUCGAAUUAGGCAUUCCUCCUCAGGUUUCAAGUGCGACGGCCACCUUUGCCAUGAUGUUCUCUUCAUCCAUGUCGGUGGUUGAAUAUUACCUUCUAAAACGAUUUCCCGUCCCUUAUGCUCUGUACUUUGUUGCUGUUGCAACUGUGGCUGCUUUCAUCGGACAACAUUUUGUAAGAAAGUUGAUCAUCAUACUCGGGAGGGCGUCCAUAAUUAUCUUCAUUCUUGCAUCCACAAUAUUUAUCAGUGCAAUUUCCCUAGGUGGGGUUGGCAUUUCGAAUAUGAUCGGAAAGAUUGAACGAAACGAGUACAUGGGAUUCGAGAACCUCUGCAAGUAUCAAGUCUAGUUAGUAUAUUUGUUCGUUCCACAUUUUUAUAGUUCAGAAGACGAUUUUGAUUAUUAUUAUUUUUUUAAUUUAAAAAAAAUCGAAAUGUUUGAAAUGGUUUGCCAUUUCAAUGCAGACAAUUGUAUUUUUGUUUUUGUAAGAGUGUGCUCCUUCUAGGUUAGCUCAAGGAGUUGCACAUUGAUUAAGUUGAAAUUUAUUCUUAUGGAAUGUGUGCUUCUAGAAUACUUGUGAGGUAACAAUUGCAUAAUAUUUUAUUUUAUUUUUCUUUUUUUCC